GUUCAUAUUGUAUUUACAAGAAUGGAACGUGUCCGAAAAAUAUGAGAUCAGGCUGGGUGUUCUGGGAUGAUGAAUGUAUUGACAACAUAAAUAGUCACGGAGGAUUUCUACCUGAUGGUGUAUAUAAUCAUGCUACCAAGAUAUACUAUUGUUGUCAAACUGAUGGUAACUGGUAUGAUUCAAUUGAACUGCCAGUCAGUCAACCAUUUUAUUUAUUAACAUCUAGCUCUACUGACACUCCCAAAUGUCAGAUGGUGAAGUGGGCAUUUAGUUACUUGGAGUAUAUUGUGUUUGAUACAGAAGAUAUCGAUAAUAAAGAUGCCCAGGGAGGGGAACAUUUGUUUUUGGAUGGAGACAAUAAAUACUAUUGUUACUAUGAAGGUGCGUCAUAACUCAGUUCGUCAAUUGAACAUUCAAAUAACGCUUUCUACAAUCAGGAAAAAAAUUGCAUUUGAAUCUUAUAACAUGUACGGUAACUAAGAAAAGAAGGUUUAAAAUGUACAUUUCAAAGUGUUCAAUUGUUUAAUAAUCUUUUAUAACAUUGCUAACAAUUUAACCACUGUCUGAAUUGAUUGUGCAUGUAUUUUUGGGCAGAGUUCAUAUUUGAGCCUGAUAGUUGUUUAUAGUAUCAACCCAGGUUAAAAUUCUUUGGCUCUGAGAUUAUGAAAUUAUGAAAUAAAUUUGAGUCAGAAUAAUGAGUGAUGGCGCAGAGAACAGUGGGAUUUUCAAAACAAUGAAACAACAAUGCAAGUAUGGAACAUUAAAAUUACUCACUGGAUCAUACUUUACUGGACCGUACUAAUAUUAUGAUAAAUGCUAUAAUUGUUUAUAGUAUCAACCCAGGUUAAAAUUCUUUGACAUUAUGAAAUUAUGAAAUAAAUUUGAGAUAGAACAAUGAGCGAUGGCGUAGAGAACAGUGGGAUUUUCAAAAUAAUGAAACAACAAUGCAAGUAUGGAACAUUCCAAUUACUCACUGAAUCAUACUUUACUCGACAGUACUAAUAUUGUGAUAAAUGCUAUAUACAAGCACAUUGCAUAGAUUUUAGCUUUGAUUUUUAAGGUCCUUUGAUUUUCUUUAAUUCUAUUUCAGAGUGCCGUCGUACAAUGACUGGUCCUAGUGGUUCAUUUAGAUCACAUAAGGCUGCAGUUAGUGAGAUGGAUCCACGCUCGCAAUAUUGUUCCUGGUUAAUUACGCUUGCUGAAACGUACAUCAUUUCAUUGAGCUUUAAAGAGCUUAUCAUACCAAGUUGCAAUGAUAAAUUUCUAAGAAUAUAUGAUGGUUCAAAUUACACAGCGCCAUUGCUUGGCACAUAUUGCGGUUCAAAUGCAAGCACAGAAGUCGUGGUUUUAUCAUCCACAAAUAAUUUAUACAUCGUGUCAAAUUCUGGAAGUUAUGCAAGAAAUCCUAAAAAUACUUUUACUUUUCAUGCACAAUAUAAUGCUACGAAUUCGACAGGUUGGUAUAGUUGAAUUCAGUGGCGGAAAUCUUGGUGAGGCGGGAAAAAUAAUUGACGAAUUUUCGGAAAUUUUGACCUAAAAGAGGGCUAAAAACAGUCUUUUCGAGUGGAAUUGGGGGGGGGGGUAUGUCGGAAAUUUGAGAUUUUUGUCGGAAAUUUAGGAGGCUUUGCCCCCCCUCCCACCGGAGAAAGUGAAUUUCCGUCACUGGUUGUAUUUGUAAUAAAUUAAUAAUUAUAACCUGACCGCAUACCAGAUAAUGAUAUUACUUGGAUUCUGGAUCCCAACUCGUGGAUUCCAGAUCCUGCCUGGUAGAUUCUGCAUCUUUACUUGUGGGUUAUGGAUUCCAUCCUCAUAAAAGUCAAUCGAUUCCUUUAUUUGGAUUCUGGAUUCUAUCAACAAACUGGAUACCAGAUCCUACUGUGUGGAUUCUGGAUUUAGUGCUCUGGAUUCCGAAUUCGAAAACGCAAAUUUGGUUGACGGAUUCCUUACAUGGAGUGUAGUUAAAGGCCUUCUAGUUAAGGGUCUUCGCUCGAAACGUCGAAAUUCUCCUUAUAUUUUUCAAAUAGUUGCAUCCCUACACACUGACACAGGCAGUUCAAGAUUAUAAAUAAUACUCUGACCGAAGUAAAAUCGUCCUGGUUUGACUUGUCCCCGGUCUCAUGUAACAACUUAUGAGUUAUGUACUAAUAUAAAUUAUUCUAAUUUAAUCAGUAGUAUUCAGUGAGCUCCAUAUAUAUCUGGAGUAGGAACUUGGUUGCUCCAAGUGAAUCCAGUUUCGUGUUAACCGCGCAGACAAAAACAAUGGAAAGGGACUGGAACUGACGUCCAAUAGCUCCUUCAAUUUUCGCCAUCUUGGCAAGGAGUGUCUUGAAAUUUCGUAUUUUGACUUCGAUUUAAAGAAUAAUAUUGUGAUUUUAUGAACUGAAAACUUCAUUAGUGAUACGGUCCAUUAGAAAAAACUGGAAUUAGCUGGGAAAAUGGUAUAAAAACUGUUUACGACCUUCAGAGCUAUUGGACGUCAAUGGCCGCCAUCUUGGCUUCACUUGGCUUCACUUUUCUCAUUGACCGAAUGACUGAAGUUCUUACUCCAGAUAUAUAUAGAGCUCACUGGUAGUAUUGCACAUAUGGUCUGAUGUUUUCAGCUGACAAAUGGCCAAGUGGUAGUUAUGGUCUCCCUAAACCUAAAUCAGGAUGUCCAGGUGGUACGAAGAAUGAGUGGCGCGAGGGUUGGAGGUACCAGGAUAUGCAAGACGAAAAGAGUAGCAGUGAAUGGUCAAGAGUAUCUAAUGGGUCACAUAUGCUGGGUGUCAUAACAACAAAUGAACAUAAUAAUAGAGAUGUAAAUAGGACAUUCUGCAUGAAACAAAAUACUGGUAUACAAGCAAGGUUUUGGCCGAAAGGUAAGAUUUUUCUCUAUAUGCAGAAUGAUUUUUUUUAAUCAAAAUGAUUUCUUUAUGUUGUAUACGUUUUUUGAAUGAUUUCCCCUCGAAAUGUAUUUUUGUUUUGACAGGUUCAUAUUGUAUUUACAAGAGUGGAGUGUGUCCGAAAGAUAUGACAUCAGGCUCGGUGACAUGGGAUGAUGAAGAUAAUGACAACAGAAAUAGUAAAGGAGGAUAUCUACCAGAUGGUUCAUAUGAUAAAGAUACCAAGAUGGAGUAUUGUUGUCAAACUGCUGGUCACUGGUAUGAUUCAAUUGAACUGCCUGUCAGUCAACCAUUUUAUUUAUUAACAUCUAACUCUACUGACACUCCCAAAUGUCAGAUGGUGACGUGGGCACUUAGUUACUUGGAGUAUAUUGUGUUUGAUACAGAAUAUAAAAAUAAUAGAAAUCACGAGGGAGGGGAACAUUUGUUUGUGGAUGGAAGAAAGCUAUUCUAUUGUUACUAUGAAGGUACGUUAUUACUCAGUUUGUCAAUUGAACAUUCAAAUAACGCUUUCUACAAUCCGGAAAAAAAUUGCAUUAGAAUCUUAUAACAUGUACGGUAAACAAAAAGGUUUAAAAUGUACAUUUCAAAGUGUUCAAUUGUUUAACAAUCUUUUAUUACAUUGCUAACAAUUUAAACACUGUCUUAAUUGAUUGUGCAUGUAUUUUUGGGCAGAGCUCAUAUUUAAGCCUGAUAAUUGUAUAUAGUAUCAAGCCAGGUUAAAAUUCUUUGACAUUAUGAAAUUAUGAAAUAAAUUUGAGAUAGAACAAUGAGCGAUGGCGUAGAGAACGGUGGGAUUUUCAAAAUAACGAAACAACAAUGCAAGUAUGGAACAUUCCAAUUACUCACUGAAUCAUACUUUACUCGUGAUAAAUGUUGUGAUAAAUGCUUUAUAAUAUUGUGAUAAAUGCUUUAUACAAGCACAUUGCAAAGAUUUUAGCUUUGAUUUUCAAGGUCCUUUCAUUUUCUUUAAUUCUAUUUCAGAGUGCCGUCGUACAAUGACUGAUCCUAGUGGUUCAUUUAGAUCACAUAAGGCUGUAGUUAGUGAGAUGGAUCCACGCUCGCAAUAUUGUUCCUGGUUAAUUACGCUUGCUGAAACGUACAUCAUUUCAUUGAGCUUUAAAGAGCUGACCAUACCAAGUUGCAAUGAUACAUUUCUAAGAAUAUAUGAUGGUUCAAAUAACACAGCUCCAUUGCUUGGCACAUAUUGCGGUUCAAAUGCAAGCACAGAAGUCGUGGUUUUAUCAUCCACAAUUAAUUUAUACAUCGUGUCAAAUUCUGGAAGUUAUGAAAGAAGUGCUAAAAAUAUUCUUACUUUUCAUGCACAAUAUAAAGCUACGAAUUUAGCAGGUUGGUAUAGCGCAAAUUUGGAUAACGGAUUCCUUACAUUGACUGGAGUGAUAUUAUCUCACUAUUCCAUGCAGUAGGUAAACCGAUAUAUGGUAGGUGGGUAGUAGAUUUUUGAUCUAAUAGAGUAGUGAAAAUGGGGUCGUUCCUCAUCCUUUAGUUGGUGACAGAUCUAAGUUAUAACGUAUUUUUAUGAUUGUAGAAAUUCAACCUAGUAAACUGCCUUCGGUGGGUAAUAAUGGAAGUUCUGUUUCUAAAACGGUGACAUUUCCUGCCAUUUCACCAUCAUGUUGGCCAUUUUAGAGAUGAGUGAUAAUCUCAGAACCUCAAUUGAUAAUAAACUUAUUACAUGUGGCCUCUUUUUAGACUUCUCUAAGCAUUUGAUACAGUCAACCAUAAUAUAUUACUAAACAAAUUAAACAAAUAUGGAGUUCGUGGUGUAGUAUUGGAUUGGUUUAAAAGCUAUCUUCAAAAUAAGUUACAGUAUGUUAAAAUUGGAAAUAUAGAAUCUGAGCCUCUAAAUGUUGUAUGCGGAAUUCCUCAGGGAUCCACUUUAGGGCCACUAUUAUUUCUUUUAUAUAUUAAUGAUUUACCUAAUUCGUCAACAUAGCUUUCUUUUCGCUUAUUUGCUUAUGAUGCUAAUAUAUUCUAUGCUAGUAAGAACCUUAAAGAAAUCGAAACAGUUAUGAAUGAGGAAUUCCAAAACAUUCUGAAAUAUUGCACUGCUAAUAAAUUGUCUAUAAAUAUGCAAAAGACUAAUUUUAUGUUAAUUUGUUCCCUUCAAAAACUACUUCCUUCAAACAUAAAAAUAUUAAAUAUUGAGCAAAAAAGGUGCAUUAAAUACUUAGGUAUAUAUAUGGAUGAGCACUUAAUUAAGUUACGUAAUGAUUUAAAUGUUCACAUGUUAAAACAAUUGUAUUAUAUUCUCAUUUAUCCAUACUUAAGCUAUGGAUCUAUGAGUUGGGGUAGUGAUCACUCAAGUAAUUUAAAAAAAACUAACUGUGAAACAAAAUAAUUGUGUUUGUAGUAUCUUCUUUGUAAACAAUAGACAAUCUGCCUCACCUUAUUAUCAAUUACUUGAAAUAUUAAAAUUUGAAAAUAUUGUCAAAUUAAAAACUGCUAUAUUAACACAAAAAUUGUUUGUCAACCCUUCAAGCGUUCCCCCACUAUUUCAUAACUUUUUAAUGCCUGUGAAAAAUAUUCAUAGUUACAAUACAAGGCAUGCAGCAAGAUGCAACUGUUAUCGGCCAAAAAUAAGAACAAAUUUUGGAAAAUUUACUUUCAAGUACUCUGCGCCAGUGUUAUGGGAGAACAUUACAGUUCCCUUAAAAAAAUUACCAACGACCAGCAAUUUUGAGAGACAGUAUAAAGUAGAUUUACUGUCAUACCAAAUUAAUAACCCUUAGUUAAAUUGGGAAUGUUAACUUGAUUUAUUUUAUGCCACAAUGGAUUGGUUAAACAAAUGAAUUAACUACUUAAUUAAUGAUUACGUUAAUCAAAAAAUAGCUAUAUUUUUGUGUAUUAUGCUAACUUUCUUUGCUACUUUUCUCUCUCUUCUUUUGACCAAGAGUUCAAUUUAUUCACUGUAAAAUCCAAGUAGUAAUGAGAUAUAUGUAAUUAGCUCAAAAAAUUACCUAAUAAAUCAAAAGUAGACGGUGGCCAACUCGAAAGCUUAUGCUACUUUGGUCAGCAGUUUUUGUAAUUAAUUAUUUAAUUUUUACAUAACUGACGUUUUUAUCCUGUUAAAAUAAUCAUCAAUAAUAAUAAUAAUAAUAAUAAUUCAAUAUCAUAAUUUAUGAAUGAUCCUCAACUAAAUGUAUGAAUGACCCUCAACUAAAUGACCCUAGCUCAUCGAGCGGCGCCCAAGGGAAUUUUACUGCACGACCCACAUCGGGCGGGACAUUUUAAUAGCUAAUUCGCCUCUUUUUAUGCUAUUACUUAUAUGAGUGUAUAUCCACACCGGGCAAGCUUGAAAAAAUGCCUGACCACGGUGGGAAUCGAACCUACGACCUUUGGAAUACUAGCCCAAUGCUCUACCAACUGAGCUACGCGGUCAGGUCGGUUCGAGUAUGUGAUAUCGAAGGAACUAGAGCCGCCCAGUUCCGAAAUAUCACAUACUCGAACCGACCUGACCGCGUGGCUCAGUUGGCAGAUCCUUGGGCUAGUAUUCCAAAGGUCGUAGGUUCGAUUCCCAGCGUGGCCAGGCAUAUUUUUCAAGUUUAUAUAUACAGCUAUUUCAAUUAAGGUUGUCCACGAGCAAAGCGGAAAAGUCGAAUACGAGCGCGAAAGGCUGCUGGGAACCGCUUUGAAAAUUCAUUAAUUUGUUAGCGAUUCCCAGCAGCCUUUCGCGCUCAUAUUCAACUUUUCCGCUUUGCUCGUGGACAACCUUAAUUGAAAUAGCUGUAUAUAUAUAAUAUAUAUCUUGCCCGGUGUAGAUACACACUCAGAGUAACAUCACAAACGUCGUAUUGUAGGAAGUUCUUCUUUAUCUGUUGGCAGUGUUACGUUAAUUUAGUUGUCUUAACAUUUUGAGUUGGUUACUAGAAAUAACUAUAAUUUUUUCUUAUCUUUAUUCAGUCAAGGAAAAAACAGGCAGCACAAUCAUUAUCAUAGCAACAACAGUGGGUGGCGUCGUAUUUCAUUGCAUCGUGCUUAUUGUCUUAUUGAUAAAAUACAAACGACGAAAGCGGGCUCGAAAAUUAUCAACUCCUGUCAAUAUUCCACAGGCAGACGCAACUCCACAAGAAUCGUUGCCAAUUGAUCAGGUAAAUUAUUUACGAAUGUUUAGUUUAGAACUGAUAGAGCUAUCCAGUAUAAAUAAAGUUAGUUUAGUUUAGGUUUCCUUCUGUAGUAACACUGGAUCAAUAAGAGAUUAUCCUUUCUGGACUUCUGGGGAGAACAGUUUAGAACUGAUAGAGUUAUCCAGUAUAAAUAAAGUUAGUUUAGUUUAGGUCUCUUCUUGUAGUAACACUGGAUCAAUAAGAGAUGAUGGAACUAUAGAACUGAUAGAACUAUAUCCAGUAUAAAUAUAAGUUGGUUCAGUUUAGGUUUCCUCCUGUAGUAACACUGGAUCAAUAUAAGAGAUGAACCUUACUGGACCUCUAGGCAAACUGAGUUUGAUAGAGCCGUCCAGUAUAAAUUAAGUUAGUUCAGUUUAGUUUCCCUCCUGUAGUAACAUAAUAUAGAGCCACCAAAAACUAUUCCUAGCCUUAAGCCUUAGUUUUUGAAUCUUGGGUGAAUUGGGCAAACGCAACACCUGUAAUCGACAUUAAAAAGUCAUCAUUAUCAUCAAAACAGGAGCCAGUUUACGAAACUGUCCCAUGUGUUAAUCAAGAGUAUUACGAUGACGUCGCCACAAAAGCGAACGAGUCUGAAGACAUAUCAGCUGAAGGUAAUAUAUUCAAAAUUCCGCUAACCUUGCUAUGUACGUGUAAUAGUUUGGUCAUUCUGAAAAGAAAAUGUAAUAUAUCUUGAUUAAACUGAAAUAAUAUUUUUCCUGUAGAGGUUGCAACUCUCCGCAUUUGACCACCAACUGUUCACACAAAGGAGGUGUGCGCACCUCCCCUGAGAUCGUUUUGCACCUCCCCGGCAUGGUAAUUAUUGCACCUCCCCUGGAACAUCAUGCACCUCCCCUUGGGAAAAUUUCAAUGAUAGAUGAAAGUGAAAAGUUGACAUUUUUGGUUGCUUAGGGUCUACACUUCGUAAGAAAGUUUUUUCUGUAAAAUUGAAACAGUGAUAGCCGUUCAUCUCUGUGUCAAGUACGCUUUUAAUGCAAUGUUUUGAAAGAAACUGUGUAUUAAGGUAACAGAACACCUUUGAGUGUUAAUUUUGCCUUUGAGUCUUUAUUGGUUUCCGUGAAAGCAUUAGACUAGUUCUACUAUCUGAUCAAGUGUGGGCGAAAAAUGUUGAAAACUCGCAGAGUUAUUUAAUAAAAUACACUUCGCUUGCAAUCAGAAAAACAUUGAAAAUGUAAUAUUCAAAUUCAAUAUUCUCCCGAAGAAUUUUACGGCAAUUACUGAUUUUUAAACGAGUUGUGCUCCUGCGGGUUUUAACGAAUUUUUCUCAAAUUUUCACAGGACACAACUAAAGACGUCUGUUUCAAAAUAGUGUUCGGCUUUGUUCUAAUUUUGGAUAUUUUAAUAAUAAGGAGCAAUUCACACAAACGAUUCAGAAAUAUAUUGCAGUCGUCAAAUAAAUCACCAUAUCAGCGGAAUGACGAAAUAAACAAAAAUUUCCGAACACAGUUUUUUAGAACAACUAUUUCACUGUAUAAAAAUGAUAUUUUCAUAAAUAUAUCUUAAAACCAGCAGGAACAUAACACAAAAGCGUAAAGGUACCGCGACUUAAGAUUUUCCUGAAUAAUUCUUACACAAUUUUACUGUUUGUCAAUUUUACAACGUUAUCAUAUUUUGCAUGCACCGGCUAACAUUUGGUGAACAUUUGAUGAAAAUCGGACUGAUUUUGAGCGCGCAGUAGCGAUUUUCCACAAAACGCCAAAAAGGGUGUCCUGUAACCUUAAUUGUAAUGAAGGGCAAAAUUGGAUGAGUUGUACAGUCAUAAUACAUUAAUACACUGACUGAUACAUAUGUACACUAUAGUAUAUGCAUACGUCACGUCGUUGACUGUGGCCCUUUCUAAGCCCUAACUUUCCACCCUAAAGUUUUUCCACCUUCCCACUAUUUCCUCCUCCAUUAUGAGAACUUUUGCGGCUACGCGCGCUAAUUAUAUAUGCAAGAGUUGAGAAAAAUCCUAUGCAAACUCUGACAUCUCUCGCUAUAUUAGGGACGGAUCAUGCAGUCUUAUAAGCCUUGGUCAGUCGAGGAUGAAAGUUGACAAGCGAGAGUUUGUGUGAGAAUUUUCUCAACUCUCAUGGCCCGGUCAAACGGGAACAAGAGUUGCAUGAGAGUUGAUGAAAGUUGAGAAGCGAGAGCUUGCAUGAGAGUUUUCUCAACUCUCAUGGCCCGGCCAAAUGAGAACAAGAGUUGCAUGAGAGUUGAUGAGAGUUGAGAAGCGAGAGUUUGUGUGAGAGUUUUCUCAACUCCCAUGGCCCGGUCAAACGAGAACAAGGGUUGCAUGAGAGUUGAUGAGAGUUGAGAAGCGAGAGUUUGUAUGAGAGUUUUCAUCAACUCUCAUGCAAACUCUCGCUUCUCAACUCUCAUCAACUCUCAUGCAAACUCUCGCUUCUCAACUCUCAUCAACUCUCAUGUAAACUCUCGCUUCUCAACUCUCAUACAAACUCUCAUGCAAACUCUUGCUUCUCAACUCUCAUCAACAUUCAUGCAAACUCUCGCUUCUCAACUCUCAUCAACUCUCAUGCAAACUCUCGCUUCUCAACUCUCAUCAACUCUCAUGCAAACUCUCGCUUCUCAACUCUCAUCAACUCUCAUGCAAACUCUCGCUUCUCAACUCUCAUCAACUCUCAUGCAAACUCUCGCUUCUCAACUCUCAUACAAACUCUCAUGCAAACUCUUGCUUCUCAACUCUCAUCAACAUUCAUGCAAACUCUCGCUUCUCAAUUCUCUUCAACUCUCAUUUUCGUUUGAUCAGGGCUUUAUGAUAUCUUUUUUUGUUUUUAAAGGCAGAACAUCAGAUCACGAAGAGGUUGGAAAUACAAUGGAAAACGAUACGUAUAAGAACAUAGACACAGUAACGCAAGACUCAGAUUAUGUUAUACCAACUCACGAGAGAAGAGAGUCGUACGAAGACGUGAAUAUGGGAAAGAACCUGCCAGACUACGAGCCGCUGGAUCUAAGCAAACGCGAAGCUGAUGAUUACCAAAAGUUGGUGAAAACCUGAACUUGUUCAAGGUCGCGCACAUGGUGUGCACCACUACACUUAAAGGGAAGUGACAAUAAAAAUUUAUUUUUUUCUCACUUCAACGAACUUUUAAAACGAUAUAACUAUGAAGACCCGUUACAAUUCUUUUCUAUCUUGUUUAGUUUUAGAGAUAUUUUGACCAGAAACAGUAUUCCGCCAUCUUGCGUUUUUUUCGACCUAAUUAUUGCAGUUUAAUGCAUCUUAAUUUCUGACUUCUGAAUUGAUUGAUUCUUUCCUACCAUUUGAGGCACAUUGCAUGCUUACUGACUAAAUUAAAUUAUAUUUUUAUGAAUUAUAAAUUAAUGGUCUAUUUAUCAUCGUUGUAACGUGCAUGUAUAUAUUUGUAUAUUUUUGUUCAAUUUAAAUAUUGACAAUAAUUAAUAUUGUAAAUAAUUGUAAUUCUGAUGCAGGACCCCACUGAAAAACACGUAAGUGAUUUGGGUAUCCGUAUCCUGGAUAAAUAUUAUUAUUAUUAUUAUUAUUAUUAUUAUUAUUAUUAUUAUUAUUAUUAUUAUUAUUAUUAUUAUUAUUAUUAUUAUUAUUAUUAUUAUUAUUAUUAUUAUUAUUAUUAUUAGUUUUGGUGACUUGCAAAUUAAUUAAGAGAAGAAUCUUUUGUACGUGACGUAACACGCGCUCAAAAUUAACGAAUGUACUUUCCCCCUUGGUUAUUAGCACAAUAUUAAAUUUUUAUAAUAUUUUUAUUUUUGAUACGGUUUUCAUGCGAUAAACAAACAUAAAAAGUAUGUUUAGUGCUUUAUCUGUAAAAUUAUACUGAAUGAAGAAAUUUCAGGAUGGUACUCCAAAGAGAAAAUGAUGUCUGAAGUUGGUGGUGGUGUUUGUACGUACAUCAAGUCAUCAAUUGAUUUCACAACAAUUGACGAACUUAAUGAUUCCAAAUUUGAAUCUCUUUGGGUAUACCUCCGUCCGAACCGACUGCCACGAGGCUUUUCUUGCCUAAUUAUCGGUAUUAUAUACCACCCACCACAAGACGAUGAUGCUACUUUUAGGGAUCACUUAUUUUCAUCUUUGGAUGCUGCUUUGAACCGAUAUCCUAAUGCUGGAAUUAUGUUGGUUGGCGAUUUUAAUCGUUUAAAUUACCGAUAUAUUAGUAAUCAUUUUAACCUGCGACAAACCGUUAAAAAUGCAACACGCGGUGCUGCAAUCCUCGACCUAAUUUUCACCAACCUGUUUCACCAUUAUAGCACCCCUCAAAUUCUACCCGGAAUCGACUUAAGUGACCAUAACUCCCUACUUAUUCGUCCUUUAAGGAGAGCUCGCAAAGCGAAAGUAGAAUCAAUUUUUAGAAGGAAUGUAAAGCCAAGCAUGAAGUCCUGUUUUGGAAGAUGGUUAGCAUCUACUGAUUGGUCAUUCCUUGAAACACUAUCAAACUGUACGGAAAAACUCGCUGCUUUUCAAUCUUUGCUAAAUUUUGUUAUCGAAAUUUUCUUCCCACUCCGAAAAAUCAAACAACACCCACGUUGAAAAUAAUUAACCCAUCGUCAUCAUACAAAGAAUCCAGGGGGUGCAAUCCAACAUUUAACACAGGGGUCCAACUAAGAGCUGUGUUAUGAAUAUGAAUAAAACAUAUUAAUUAAACGUAAUAUGAAUAAAACAUCAUAACGUAAUAUAUUUAAAUUAUUGCACUUACUUGUAUAAAUCAUAAGAGCUUGUAUUUGCAGUGAAUAGCUUCAAACAGGGCGCUUAUAUAUGCCCAGAUUCCUCAGAAACAAUUUGCUUCGAACGAUUGUUCAAAUAUGGCGAAUAAGUUGACAAAACGAAAAUAUUACAUGACGUUCCAACGAAAAUAACAGCAGGGAUUGCGGGCGUGAGCGGAAGGCGAAGGGUGAAUAUAUUAUAUAGAAGGGAUGAAACACCGGUAAUGCGAUCGUGUGAUGUGUUCCAUAAGUAGCCUGUUCUCUUGGAAAAUUCCAAAACGCCUCCUGCCAACUCCAACAACGCCUACGCGCUUAAUUAAUGAAAAUAAACAAUGUUUAGCUAUACCGGCUAAUACGAAAUAUUUAAAUGUAGCGACGAACGUUUUUUUUUACAUUAUUUAGUUUUAUUAUUAUUUAGUCAUGCGUCACGAGAACAGGCUACUUAUGGAACACACUCUCGCGAAAACGGCUACUGAGAAUGUCCGCUGUUAUAAAUCACAUAAAUUAGAUUGAUCAGUUCUUUUUUUGGUAAUGACUAGGCUUGCUCGUGUAAGAGAACAUCUACUGAGCCCUAAAAAUACCACAAAAAGCUUAAACGGAUAGUCUAGAAGCAUUUUAAAAGUCACCUGAUAUUUGUUUCAUCCCUUCUAUUUAUUUCUUCCCUCGCCUUUUCGCCGGCGCGCACGCAAUCCUUGCUGUUAUUUUCGUUGGAACGUCAUGUAAUAUUUUCGUUUUGUCAAUUUAUUCGCCAUAUUUGAACAAUCGUUCGAAUCAAGUGUUUCUGAGCGAUUUUCUAAGCGUGUAUAAGCGCCCUGUUAAAAGCUAUUCACUGCAAAUACAAGCUCUUAUGAUUUAUACAAGUAAGUGCAAUAAUUUAAAUAUAUUACGUUAUGAUGUUUUAUUCAUAUUACUUAAUUAAUGUUUUAUUCAUAUUCAUAACACAGCUCUUAGUUGGACCCCCUGUGGUUUUUGUGACGACAUUUGCCGAAAAUUUCGCCUCUUUUAUUGAGUAAAUUGUCUUUGUUUAUGUCUUUCAAAAUGCAAAAUUUUUCUUCCGAAAUACCGUUCCCUAUGGGCUAUAAUUUCUGUGCAUUUUCAUGGAGUAAUAUAUAUAUAUAUAUAUAUAUAUAUAUAUAUAUAUAUAUAUAUAUAUAUAUAUAUAUAUAUAUAUAUAUAUAUAUAUAUAUAUAUAUAUAUGGGAAAAAUGCGAUUUCCAACUCAGAUUUUCAUCCAGAAUAACUCCCAAAAACACAGUUUCCUUGACUUGUUCAAUACACUUAUUAUUAAUAGUUGUAUAUCCAGGUAGAAUUUUUUUUGUCUUGGUUUAAAUACCAUAAAUUUCGUUUUUUCCGUAUUAAGCGACAAUUUAUUUGCUUGAAACCAAUCAGACAGUUUUUCCAGUUCAUUAUUCAAAGAAUCGAUUACAUAUUGCGGAUCUUUAUGUGAAAAGAAAAUGUUUGUAUCAUCAGCAAAUAAAAUUGUCAUUCAACUAAUUGUGACACAUUGCAAAUAUCAUUAAUAUAAAGUAAAAAAAUAAAGGGCCAAGUAUAGAACCCUGAGGCACCCCACAACAAACAGCACUAGGAGAUGAGCGAUGUUCAUUAAAUUGAACAAAUUGGGUUCUAUAUUGGUAAAAUAACUUUUUAUCCAUUGCAAUGGCAAGCCGCGAAUUCCGUAAUGUUCCAACUCAUGAUUGACUGUAUCAAAGGCUUUAGAUAAAUCCAGGAAAAUCCCCACAGAAGUUUCUUUUCUGUCAAUCGCGUCUGAAAUUUUGUCAUAUAAAUCGAUCAAAGCAGGUGAAGUUGAAUUUUUGCGAAAUCCGUAUUGAUUAUCAUUUAAUAUCUUAAAUUUAUCGAGAUAUGCCAAUAAACGAUUAUACAUAGCCCUUUCAAGAAACUUUGAAAAACAUGGAAGUAUAGAUACUGGUCUAUAAUUUGAGAAUAUUGCACGAUCACCUGCUUUAAAUAAGGGAAUUACACAUGCAAUUUUCAUAUCACCAGGGACAAUGCCACUAGCAAUGGACAAAUUAAGUAUAUGAGAAAGUGGUUCUGCAAUGAUAUUAAUAAACUGUUUAAUUAUUGACAUAGGAAUUUUAUCAUAACCAUGCAGCAGUUUUAUUUGAUUGAAACGAUUUAGCAAUUUCAACAAUUUCAGCGGAUCGGAGGUCACACUAUCAAGAAAAACAGACUGAGAAUAACAUCCAGAAAGAAACAAACGAUGUGACUGAGAAGGUUUUAUUUUCUUAGCAAGAUUUGGGCCAAUAUUAGUAAAAUAGUUUCAAAAUUUAUUGGCAAUUAAAAUUGGAUCAGAGAUCUCCGUGUUAUCAUUCGUUUUAAAUAAUGGACUUAUGGUAGGCUUUGAUAGGCAACGCUGGCCACAUUGGUGUGACAUGCACUGCAAGUUUACAGUGAUGUGCUGACAUGCAUGAAGAGGUUCUUACAGAUUCUGGUGAUUGGUAGGUAAAUCUCCAGAGAAAAAAUGUUAUUGGUAACCCCUCUUCCUUCGGAAAUUUGGCAGUGAAUAAUUAGUGAGGUCACACAAAUAUAUGGGCAUUUAACGGUGACUCAUUACAACACUGAUUAAAGUCAUGCUCUUUUUGAUACAAUAAAUUUUCGCGUCUAUGUUAGAACAAAUUUAUAGUAUAUCUGUCAUCCCUGCACUGACAGAAUGAAUGGUGUCAGAUGAUUAUCUAUAUACUGUAUAUUUAAGAUUGCAAAAGAAAUUUCACAGAUAUCUGUAAAAAAACGUGGGGUAUAUCUGCAUGGGCUUUGAAGUCGGAGAAACCAUGCUUGUCAUGUAUUUCUCGUCAUGACGUUCCAAAUUCGUUUGCCGAAGAAAGCGUCAACAAAUGGCCACUCGCGGAGACCUGUAUACCUCCGCGAACGAAUUAAGUUAUCUAUACUAUGCAUAAAUUAUACAAUGGGCUAAAUACGCAUUCAGUUUACUCUGCCCGGCUUUUAUAAACAUCCAAAAUUAGUAUAAUUAUUUCCAAGUUGAAUUUAAUUUAUUUAGUGUGAUUCCAGUAACAGUAUAUAAAUCUCGUUCGAACGAUCUUUUGAUGGUAGGGAAAAAUUUUCGUGAUACGAUCAUCUCGCCUCUCGUGUAACCGGGCUGACUCGGCGACUUAUAUGAAUAUAACCCCUAUAAGAUGCCAUACAAACAUAAUGCAAGUCGCAUACAUGAAUAUACUGAAUUACAAUAUAGAUAUGUUGUAUGUUUAAAUAUAGUUUGUAGAACAUAGUUAAUGUACAUCUUUUUAAUAAGAUGGUAGGUAAAUGUCCAGAGAAAAAAUGUUAUUGGUAACAUCUUUUUAAUAAUAUUUCUAGGAAUACAUUCUCUUACAGUUUUCCAAAGGGAGUUGUUGUUGCUAUUUUUGUCAUUGAUUCUUUUAUACACAAAUUUUCUCUCGGAUUCUCUCAAUUUUCUUUUAAUUUGAUUUCUACAUGAACGAUAUCUGUCCCAGCCUUGGACUGGGACAGAUAUCGUUCAUGUAGAAAUCAAAUUAAAAGAAAAUUGAGAGAAUCCGAGAGAAAAUUUGUGUAUAAAAGAAUCAAUGACAAAAAUAGCAACAACAACUCCCUUUGGAAAACUGUAAGAGAAUGUAUUCCUAGAAAUGAAAAAACACGUUUAACUUAUUCUGGGAAUGUCGUUGAAGUAGCGAACAAAUUUAAUGAAUACUUUUCUUCAGUCGGAGCAAAAGCGGCAGAAGAAUCCAAAGCGUUGAUUACUUCAUAUGGUCUUACAUCGACUCAUCCAGAGACACCACAUAAAUUCAGUGCAGAAAUUGACAAGUUUCAUUUUCACCCUGUGUCCUGUGACGUGAUUCGUAAAAUUGUGUGUUCUUUUCCAUCCAAUAAGUCCCCUGGACCAGAUAAAGUUUCUGUGAAAGUGAUCAAAGAUGCCUUACCAUACAUUCUUCAACCUCUUACGGAUAUUGUUAACUGCUCUUUAAGAGAAUCUUUGUUUCCCAGCGCCUGGAAGUUGUCAGAAGUUAUUCCCCUAUUAAAAGAAGGGGAUCACGAAAUUGCUAAAAAUAAUCGGCCAAUUUCCUUGCUACUUGCUGCAUCAAAGAUCUGCGAGCGUGUAGUUUUGGAACAAUUUACCGCAUAUGUGGAACAGAAGAAAUGCUUAAGCGUACACCAAAGUGGAAACAGGAAGCUGCACUCCACUGAAACAUUAAAUUUAUUUAUAUCGGAUAAGAUCUUAAAGUCUAUGGACGACAAGGAGGUCGUAGCUGUAAUUCUACUAGACCUUUCUAAAGCAUUUGACAGUAUCGAUCAUGUAUUGCUUCUAAAAAAGCUCCAAGUAUUGGGAGUGUCCGAUGACGCUUUAUGUUGGUUUAAAAGUUACUUGACAGGACGACAGCAGGUUGUGCGCAUUGGAUCGACUGUCUCUGAAACACGCACACAUCAAUCAUGGCGUUCCGCAGGGCUCAAUUCUCGGUCCCAUGUUAUUCAACAUAUAUAUUAAUGAUUUACCUAUGGUACCAAAGAAUGGUAAUUUGAAGUCUUACGUCGACGACUCGAAGCUACUUUUGUCAUUUUCCGUCAAUGAAGUGAACUCAGCGGCUGCUAAGCUUAACGAAGAUCUACGGAGAGUCGUUUCUUGGUGUUCUCUAAAUAGUCGGCUUAUUAAUUCCAAUAAGACGAAAUUACUUGUGUUCGCAACUCGUUAUAUGUUGAAACAGAUACCGGCAGAUUUCCAUAUUUUACUAUUGGGGAAAAAACUGUUUCCUGUGACCUCAGCCACUGAUCUAGGCGUGACACUGGAUAGUGGUUUGACGUACGAUGAACACGUCACAAAACUGGUUUCCUCUUGUGUCGGUAGCCUGUGUCAAAUUAAUAGAGCAAGGCACCUUUUUGAUAUGAAGACGUUAAUUCUUUUAAUAAACGCGUUGGUUUUUAGUAAACUCUAUUACUGUUCAACCAUAUGGUCUAAUUCAUCGAAGAAAAACAUUGCAAAAUUGCAAAAAGUUCAGAAUUUCGCAGCACGUAUUGUCACGGGCACAAAAAAAUUCGACCAUAUCACUCCAUCUUUAAAACAGCUUAACUGGUUACCAGUCAAUUAUAUGUUGCGAUUCCGAGAUACAGUAAUGGCUUAUAAAUGUGUUAAUGGUAUGGCCCCAUCAUAUUUAUGUCGUAUGUUCCAAACAAGAUCACAAUUACACAAUUUGAACACAAGAUCUAGCGAAUUAUUGGAAAUACCUUUAUAUAGAACAGCGACCGGACAACGUUCUUUUCGCUACCGAGCUUCUUGUUUAUGGAACAGUUUGCCAGAAUGGUUAAAAGACCAUAAUCUUAAUUUGGAACGUUUUAAAAGCGGGCUGCGAAGUUAUUUGGUUCAACAAUUUCUCGAUGAACAGAACUGA